AUGACUGUACGUAGCCCCCGGUCGAAGUUCGUGUCGGGUCUUGAGAAACGGCUCGGAAGGGCUCUGUCCGCCCAAGAGACGCUCAGACUCGCGGCGUACGCCCGUGCGGUUAAGUUUCGAAAGGCUCAGCAACAGCAGCAGCGGGUUUAUAAGCCAAGGAUGGAACUGUGGGAUGAUGGAGACAGCCCGCUCGUCACGGCCGUCUUCGAAGUUCCGGGGCUCCGCCCAGAGGACAUCACGGUGGACGUCGUCGACGGCCGGCUCGUGGUCAGCGGCGAGCGCCGUCAGCAGGAUCUUCCCCGGGGGCCUCAGACUCUUACUGUUGAGACUCGCCCCACCUCCAAGUCCGAGCCCGGGUCCGACGCGUGCGUUCGGACUUCGGAGGCGACGCAGGCCCAUGCCGGGAUAUUGCAUGUCCGAGAGCUCAAGUACGGCCUUUUCCGCCGCAUCGUCACCGUUCCCGCGGGAUGUACUACCGCCGACCUUCAAGCCGUCAUGGAGAACGGGAUGCUCACGGUGUCAUGGCCUCGCGAUAUCCAGGCGCGCUUCUCCAACAGCCUCUUGGGCGGGCAGGCGGAGUCCGCGCUUGGGUUGGACACCGGAGCCGGUCAGGGUGGUUUGCAGGGGGACAAUUCUUCUGCUUGUGUUUGA